UGAGCCGGUUCUGCUGCAGACAACAAGUGUUCAUCAGAGAGAGAGCGAGGAGGGCGAGGGAGGAUAAAACAAGGUUACUCUGCAAUGGAGAGAGAGAGUGACGGGACGAAAUAGGGAGGAAGGAAAAGGAGGUUACCACGGCAACUCAGGGGACGUUGCUGCAGCGGCGAGGACACCAGGACAUACAGGUUGAAGAGAUGACGAGCAGAUGGAGAAUAGACCAGCAUCUCUAGGCCUGAUUCUGAUCCCCAUCAAGGACAUUUGAUGAAUACCUUCAUUGGUUCCAGUGGGUCCUGGGGCCUUUUGUGCAAAUAGUGAGGGCCCACGGAAACGGAAGAUCAGGACAUUUAGUUGACUGAGUUGCCAACAUGUCCCAGGCAGGUAAAGUCCUUCACCUGUACGUUGAGGUGAGGUCUGUUGCUGAGGAGGAAGGGAAGGUGCUGGAAAGAGGAGAUAAUGGAACUAGCCACCUGACGCUUUCAUGCCCAGGUGUCCUCCCUCACUCCGAAAGGAGCUCCACUCACUCUAGUCCCAACCGCAGCCCAGAUCUUUCACCAAUUACUUGGCAUCACACUGGGCGUGGGACCCACAGCGCACCCCCUUCAAAGUCCUCCUCCAGGCACUCAGUCAGCUUUCAACUUCAAAACCCAGAUGCAACAGGAUCUCCCACCCAGUUCCAUCGGCAGGAUGUGUUAUAUGAUGAAUUUUCUCAGUUACUCCAGGUCAUUUCACCUGGAAUGACCAGUCCAGGUCAGCAUGGAUCACUGGGACAUGCCAAUUCCUCUGACAUGGAUCCCUACCAGGAAAGGCUAUUAAUCUCGCCAUCUUCUACAUCCUCGAGAAGGUUGACUGUACCCACCACACCCACCACCAACCGUAGGUCCUAUGAUAUCCCAGGGGUGGAGGGUGAGGAUGGGAAGACAUCUGUGGUGACCUUUGGCUACAUAGAGAAAGCUAACGUUCACAGCAUGGGCAGCCAGCGUACUCCUGUGUGCCAAAGUGAGUUGGACAUCCCCUUAAAUAGAAUGGAGGGGCAAACACUACCUGCCCACCUCCGGAAAAGACUGAGUGACCCAGUGUGGUGCAAUGGUCAGCCAGCACUGGGUGACCAUUGCACUUAUCACCCCAACCCGUCUCAGACUCAGUGUUCACAGGGCUCACCUUACCUGCAGAGGGCUACUCUGGAUGUGGUAGCCAGAGAUGCCACCUACAGAGCCUUGGAGGAGUUCGGAUCCCCAGAACUCCAGCGACGAUUUGGCAGUCAUGGCCCAGACAACUGCAGCCCAACUCUGCCACGGCACUACCAAUCCCCUCGCUGCAGGUCCUGGGGGGGGUCACCGGUCUUGCCCCGAAGCACCCACACCCUGCCAUCCAAGACCCAGCUCUUAGAGAUGGACAAGGGAAUCUGCCGUAGUGCAGUUAAUGGUCUACCCAGAAGUCCAGCCUCUGACCAUCUGUGUGCCCACACUGAAUACUCCUCCCACUCAGUGGUUCCAACCUCACCAUUAUACUCGCAUGGUCUGCCUCAGAGCCAGCAGAGGCUGUGCACAGGGGAUGAGAGCCCCAGGUUGUCCAGCAAAUUUCAUCCACCUUUACCUGCGGGGAGACCCACAGACAUCCAACACGAGGUCCCAUCUAGAUUAUCCCCUGCCAGCAACCAGCACAGGACUGACUACCAAACAAGUGGGAACUCCCACCACUGUGUUGAUAGUAGCUAUAAUGCUAAAGACAGUAUACAGUACAGUGCUAACAAUAUGUCAAACUUUCCCAGCAAGAGUCACUACAAACCAUUACACUGUAGUAGCAGAACCAGGGAUGCAGUCAUCGGCAGGAGAAGUGUCUCCCCAUCCUUAAAUGCUGAAGUGGCUUGUAAGUUAGCUGUGGAGGCUGCCUUAUUGUCCAGUACUUUUGCAGGCAGAGGUUCUCCCUCGCCAACACCUUCUCAAGCUGAGUCACUGAGGUCAAACAGUCCCAAGAUGGGGGCAUCAUUCCUCAGAGAAUCCCAACCCUACGCCAAUCUUCAUGGCCAAAACUCCCCUGAACCUCUGCAGGUGGACAAACAGAACCACAAAUGGAAAACAGACAAACCGAUACUUCAAACCAGAUCAGGACAUGUCUUACCCCUCUUGUCCCAGACAGGCCUCUCUUCCCCAGCAUCUCCAGCUUUACCGGCUAGGUUGCACAGAGCUGCUACUUCUCAAUCUCCAGUUUUAGACCCACGGCAACAACUGAGUUCAUCACCAAGUAGAGACAUGUCCGCCCUGCACCGCUACCAGCCACCACAGUACAUUGGAGACCGUAAAGCACCCGCUAUGGAGCUGAGGCAGCAUGAUAACCUCUUUGAUAGAUCACCCAAACUCUGCAGGAGACUUCUCUCAAGCCAAAACACAGACGCUUUGCCUGUGAGCUGGACCUCCAGGCACCAGGAGUGGAGGGACACUGGACCAGUCCAAGACAGGGAUGAACUUUUUGAUCAAGACUACAGACAGAAAAACUGUAGAGUUUACAUUCCAAGCAAAGAGGAGAAACAUAGGACUGAUAGAGAAAACAAAGGAGUUCUAGCGUCAGUGCAGGGGAACCAGAGGUCAGUUGAAGGCAUAUCCAUGGAUCAGAGAGAGGAGGUUCAGGAUCACAGUGGGGCUGGUGGGACGUCUUCUCAGAGCUCCAGUGGGGUGACAGGCAGUGUGGGAGACAGUUUCCAGCUGGAGAGAAACGACAGUCUGUUCCCUGAAACCUCGAGUCAGUCCAGCCACGAUACUACCGACACCGGCUCUGGGAUGCAGUCGGACAGCGGCUCAGCAUCGACUCCAUCCUCGCGAUCGCAGAAGAUCGCCCAAGCCAAGUGGGAGUUCCUGUUUGGAGGCCAGAGGGAGGAGGCUCGCUGCAGGAAAGCUGACGGCUCAUCCACAACGCCACCGACUAGUGGUUUGGCCAACCCCACCCCUCCGUCCUCCCUACAUCUGAAGCCAGCUAAUCAGAGGAGGGAGCGGGACGACCAGGGUAAAAAGUUGUCACAUCACAAAGUGCGGCAGAUCGAGGUGGAGCUGGUGACCCCUUACCUCAAAGACACCACCCGUAAGACGGGUAUCAUCCGGCGGAGCAUUAAAUACUCUGAAACGGAUCUUGACGCCGUUCCGCUGCGCUGCUACAGAGAAACCGACCUGGACGAGGUGAUGCGGGCAGAGGCGGAGACGGCAGAGGAGGCAGAGGGGGACUCAGCCUUUGGGAGUAACCGCAGCGUCCUAGGAAACUCCAGCUUCAGCCCCGCUGAUGCCUCCCCGAAACCCCGGACAGGAGGAAGGGAGGAGAGGGAUGAAGAGGAGGAGGAAGAGGAGGAGGAAGUAGAGGAGGAGGAGGAAGGAGUGGUGAGCUGGGCCAGUGUCAGGAUGCUUGGAGACAAACAGAGACAAAGAGCCACUAAAGACGAGGAGGAGGUGUUCAGUCUGCUGCUGAAGGGGCCGUUGGAGGCUUCGUCCGAAAACCACGGCGGCCUCAAGUCUCCGAUCUCAGUUGGCAGCCCCCGCCAACCCUCCGACAGCAACCUUGACUCCUUCAGUCGCCAUUUUGAAAACAUCAUGGAGUCUCACCGGGCCAAAGGCACCUCGUACAGUAGCCUGGACAGUGUCGACCUACUGACCUCUGGAUCCACGUCCGUGUUCACCUUUGACCUACCGACCCUCACCCCGGAGAUCCAGAGUCAGAUCUGCGACAGCGCCAAGCAGAUCAUUGAGCUGAGCUUCGCCCCGCUGGCCCGUCCAGACCCAGCCACCACCUCAGAGACGUCUCGCUCCGAAAUCACCCUCAGCGCCUCAGUGGCUGGGCUCCGAGGGGAGUCCAAAGAUGAUGCUGGCCCUCCGGUCCGCUCCAGGUCAGAGAAGGAUUCGUGGCGCCGCUCCAACCUCAAAGAUGGCUUCCGAAAGGCAACCUCGGCCCCGUCCCUCCACAGCAGCCCCAGGGAGCGUCUGGUGAAUUGCCCCCCCGAGCUGCUGUACCCGCAGGCCGAUGUAGCUGAGCGCCUGGCGCUCGGUGGCAGCGACGACGCGCUGGCCAACGGCACGAAGGCCGACCUGCAGGCCGCCAAACGUCUCGCCAAACGCCUCUACCACCUGGAUGGCUUCAGGAAGUCAGACGUCGCCCGACACCUGAGCAAAAAUAAUGAGUUCAACCAGAAGGUGGCAGAAGAAUAUCUCAGUAAUUUUAACUUCACCGGUCUGAACAUCGACCAGGCGCUCAG